AUGAAAUAUCACGAAAGCCUCGAAGAAAUACAGAAAGCUUUUGACAACGUUGCUGAAUUAAUCGAGAAGCGCGAAAAUGAUCUGAAAACAGCAGACAGAGACAAAUCCGUUGACGAUGAACUGGAUUGCAAUCCGAUAGAAGCUGACGACGCGAUGAAAGAUCUGGAAAAUUUUGGUAAGAUUGACGCACUGAUUGAUUUAUUGCAAAUCAUGUCGCGAUUGAAAGAAGACCAGAAAAGAAUCUUCGAUAGAGUAUACCAAAUUUUACAAAAUAAAAAUCAGAUUCUGCGACUGUACGUAAGUGGCGAGGGUGGUACAGGGAAAAGUUUUCUUAUUGAAACGAUUAAACAUUGGAUCAGAAUACAUUUGAAAAAAGCGACUGCCAUAUCUGCUCCCACGGGUAUCACGGCAUUCAAUAUCGAUGGUUUGACGAUCCAUAGAAUGUUUCAGCUACCCAUGACCCAUGAAUCUACGGCAAAGUAUACGCACUUGUCAGACAUGGUCUUGAAAACUUUGAGAGACAAAUUAAAGACUGUCGAAUUAUUUAUAAUCGAUGAAGUAUCCAUGAUUUCGAAUGUGAAACUUAUGUUUAUCAAUCUACGAUUAUAUGAAAUCUUUGAUACGACAGAUACAGAUGAUGGUUUCUUUGGCAGAAAACACAUUCUUUUCGUUAACAGCGACGGCUUGUCUCCGCUGGAUGUUGCUGUUCUUAGCAACAAUAGACCAUUGGCAAAAAUGUUGGUUGCAUUCGGUGCGCAGGAAGGGAAUCAAUUCAAGUCUCCGGAAUCUCUGGGUAACCACUUAGCAUCAUUGCUCUCGGAAGCAGAGUACAGAGUUCAAGAGCUCGGCGGCAGUACUUCUGGCAGCGGCGGAACAAAUCUAUUGGAACCACCUUGCCAUAGAGCCAGUUUUUCCACACAACACAACAACCUCACGGGAUGCAGUGGUAGCACAGAGGAUAAGCAACUUGCCCUGUGGGAAAGGAGAUCCAGGGCCCUCAGAAAAAUGUUGCUAGGUUUCGAUCAAGCGCGCCCACCCGAUAUACCUUUCUCAGUCGCGAUCGAUGUCAUUGGAACGAUGUCAAUAACAGUCAGGUUUCAAGAACCAGACUCGCAUGACUCUCCGAUUUGUACUAAAUUUAAAGUUCAAUGGAGCCUGCACGAUGACUUUUCGGUUAUUUGCGGCGAGAAAGAAGUCUUGGACAUAAAGCAGAAAGAACAUUUUCGUGUGGCCGCAGGAAAUUUGAAAGGCUAUAGUAGGUUCAGGAACUCGACGCCCGCACACGUUACACCUAGCAGUUGGAGAGACAUAGACGGUAGAAUGUCCAGAUUCGCGGGACGGCUGGAACAGCUCAACACUCUAUUUACCGACAUAAAGCGUCCGGAAUAUACACAAGAAACGCCAGCGGUACAGAGGCGAAAUCACAAGAAAAAAACAACGAUAAAGCAACUCUUCACGGCAACAAGUAAAUUCCAGAAGAAUCUCAGACGAGGAGUGUUUCUAGCAUGUCUGCUCUACCACGAGGACAAAGUUCUUGUUACCAACGAGGACUUCUUACCCGUAAUCGAGAUUGAUGAGAUGUAUCCCAGUUGUAUUUACAAUGAUUUUCAUUGGCUCAUGAAAGUUGCCUGUACAUGGGAUGAUGUUAAAUCCCUUCGGCAGGAUAUGGAAAAGAGUCACAGCAGCUCGACUAAUCAUUUUAGGAUAAAGUUGCUUCAAGCUGCUGCUCAAAUGCAGACUGCAUUGUGCAUACAAGACCUUGGACAGUUAUACCAUAAACCCAUUAGAGACAUUCAAGGCACCUUAGUGAUCUCGACAAUAAAUUAUAUAAAGUCGUCAAAAUUGAUUUCUGUAUUAAACAGCAGAUGGUUACCACUCAAUAAAGUUAUAAAGAAGAUCAUAACGCACGAAGACAGUAACGUCGCCGACAUCUUGAUGGCCAGCAUACAAGAACAAAUGACAUACCAUCAAGUCAGCAGUAUUAAACUAUCUAAGGGUUUAUAUCUCGGUUAUCUGAAAAUGCAAAGUAGCGUAGAUCUCAUACAAGUCGUUGUCCCAACGAAAUCUCCGAAUGUAUUGCCACAUUGUAAGAUUCGCGACAAUCCGCACGUAUCAGCGGAGGAAUGGGAUUAUCUCAAAAGAAUAACACGCAUCAGCACGUCUGAGACUUCCGUGAAGGAAUCUGAAGAAAAGGAGAAUGUGACGAACGAGGCGCAAGGUACGGAGCAGCAAAAGCUGUUUGUUGACCUAGUUGCCGCAACAGCGCGACGUCUGUUUAAUUACAUAGAGGUCAGUCCAGAGGAUUCGCUGGUGCAUCGGUUAUACGACGCUGAGGUGAUAGAUCUAACUCACGACGUCUCAUUCCUAAUCGUCGUACCACCUGCCGAAACAGCCUGCUGCGUACCUGGCACGCGAGAAAUCCUGUUACAGCGCAGUGAUCUCUUAUCGUUGCCCAUUCAGGUCUUCGAAAUGGUCCACUUGAGUACGUAUCAGAAGGAUGUAAUCAAUCGUUACUCGAGACUCAGUUGCAUCUUGGAAUUGGACACCGCACAGGCUCAGCAUAAUCACAGAGAAGCCUUCAGUUCCUUGGAAUUGAGCAUUGCGAAGGACAAACUGGCGAGACUACAAGAUCUUCAGUCACAAGUGAACACCGUAUGGAAAGGCGCUAGAUGGCUAAUCGAUGUUAUAACUUUCGCGAGAGAUCGUGGCUCCUCCCAACAAAACAUUGCGAUGCAAACCGUGGGCAUAUCUAUGAAGCACUUACUCAGUUUGGAUAGAAAUAAGAACAAUAGUAAUAGCUUGAAACGAAGUUUAUUACAAUUACCACCUAGAGACCCUAAGCUCGUAAAAUCGAGUCCUGGCCGUGGCAGCUGGCCAGGUCCCAAUCUGUCGAAGUCAUCUUCCAAUCUCCUUAUGACAGAAUUCAGCAAAAGCGAACAACAGCUGCCUAGUGGACAGUAUAUAUACAAAGGUAGCAACACCUCGAACACGUCGACAAUUUCGCAGCCACAGAAAUCGUCGUGCGAACCGAUAAGUAGCAGUAGUAAUCUGACAACCACUAGCAGCACGAAUUAUCUGGUACCGCUGCAGAACAUGAGAUUACCGCCCUCCAAGUCCGAGGACACAUUGAUUUUCUCCAAGUACAAACACAGCCCGCGAAAUCGUUCUGCUACGAUAACAUCGGCAUCAGCUAACACCAGUCCGUUACUGAGUAUUAAACCUAUCAUUUAUAGCGGUUCGUUGUUAAGUGUAUCCACCACGAUGACGAAUACUACGAGCCUGCUCAGUGUGAGCAAUACGAAUUCCGACAGUCUGCACUCACUGAGUAGCGACGACUAUCCCGCGACAAAUUCGGGCAUCUGUUUGAAACCUGGCCACUCAGUCAAGGUCAAAAUGUCCAAACCAACUGCGAGCGUGGCGGCGAUGGCCGCCAUUACGUCGGAUAAUCUAAACGAGGAGAAGGAAGAGGCAACGAUGAUGCCAGCACCUUUACCUGGAAUUCUUCAGGUUUAUGCGGCCUACGAGACUGGUUUAGCAGCUGGUACUAGUUUGAAGCUGCACGUAACACCAAGGACCACGGCGCGGGAAGUCGUGGAUCUUGUUGUGAAGCAACUUAAUAUGGCAGUGGUCCUAAAAGGACAAAGGGGACCCACUUACGCGGCCGAUGAGUUACCAAACUUUUGUCUAGUUGCCGUAAUUGGUGCGCGAGAGCGUUGUUUAAGGGAUGAUUUUAAACCGCUUCAGUUGCAAAAUCCGUGGAAAAAAGGACGGCUGUACGUUAGACAAAAGCAGGAUGUUCUUGCCGCACUUGAGCACAGUAGCAAACACACCGCGUACUUAUAGCAGAAGUAAAGUGGUAUUUCCAAAUGAAUAAUGACGUUACUUAUCGAGUAAUGUAAAUUAAAUUUUAGUACGCCCUACACGUACAAACGUAACGUUCCCAAACAAUGAUAUUUCGCAUAAAGCGUACUAGUCGUGCAUCUUCAACGGCACUAUAAACGAAAUAUUUUAGUGAACAGCGACCUAAAGGAAAAGUAGUUCAUAUAUGAUGCUUCACAAACCAGAGAGCCAUUUUUCUUGAAUUUUUCUUCCAGUUUUAUAAUAUUCUUAAACGAAUGUGACUUCGUGAGAUCCGGUCAUUUCAUA